AUGGCCACCACUGCAUUCGACAAGACAGCACUCCAGACUAUGAAGCGCGGUGCGCUUCACAAGCUCGCCAAAGAGAGUGGAGUGCGUGCCGUUGGUACAAAUCAUGAGAUCAUAGAUAGACUUCUCUCCCUGCAAGCAACCACAAGUAGCGAUCGCAUUGGAGCUCCAGACGAACGACAUGUCCUCGUCGACGUCAAGAACAAGGCAGACAGCGAGGAUGUGCCUCAGAAGGCGAUCGCUGUGAUUCCUAGCAAAGACACUGCGAUCAGGCGACGACAAGCAACGCAGGGAAGGGACACCUUCAACGAUGCGGAAAAAUCUGGUAUUGAGGAGUCACCACGGCGGAAAUACUUCCUCGCGGUCCUAGCACACCUGGAGGCGGCGCAGACACUAGCGGUGCUGCACGAUCAUGCAAGGAACAGGAGCGAGAGUGCUCCAAGUCACGGCGUCUCCGAGCGUAAGACGGGAGGGAAACGCAAGGCAUCGGAGGCAGAGCCGGACUCGUCGCAACCUCGGCCUCGUAAACGUGCGAGGGCGUCCAAAGCCGUGGAGACGAAAUCCCAGAGGGAAGGAGGUUGCAGCUACAUAGUACCAAUUGAGAAGCUCCCGGUCGGGCAGUGGCGGCCCGGGAACAAUGCAGAGAGACACCAUGCGCGCUUCCUGAACUGA